CCUGGCCACAGUCUCUCCCCCAGGACUUCCUGUUGGGGUGUCCUAGGCCCCACCCCAGAGCUGGGCACUUCCCUCCCUGACACAGGGACCGGGACCCACUCUGCCCUGCCAGAGGCAGACAUGGUGCCCCUGCUGCUGCUGCCCCUGCUGUGGGGGGGGUCCUUGCAGCAGCAGCCGCUAGGCUAUGAGCUCCGAGUGCAGGAAUCGGUGACGGUGCAGGAGGGUCUGUGUGUCCACGUGCCCUGCUCCUUCUACCCGUGGAGUUCGUGGUAUUCCUCUACCACAGUCUAUACCUACUGGUACCGGCACGGGGACAACAUAAACCGUGAUGCUCCUGUGGCCUCGAGCAACCGGAAUACACCAGUGAAGACAGAGACCCAAGGGCGCUUCCUCCUCGCGGACCCCACGACCAGCAACUGUUCCCUGCAAAUCAGAGACGCCAGGAGGAGUGACUCAGGACGCUACUUCUUCCGAGUGGAGACAGAAUAUUCUAGAUUUCAUCCCCAAGGAUAUACUUACCGAUAUAAGAUGCUGGAUUUGCAGGUGACAGCCCUGACAGAGAGACCCCACAUCCGUGUACGGGAGCCUCUGGAGUCCGGCCACCCCACACAGCUGGCCUGCAGCCUGCCAGGGGCCUGUGAAGGGGGACGACCUCUCACCUUCUCCUGGGCGGGAGCCGCUGUGGACUCGCUGGACCCCCAGACCCUCCGCUCCUCGGUGCUCACCUUCACCCCGAGGCCUCGGGACCAUGGCACCAGCCUCACCUGUCAGGUCCAAGUCCAAGGAUCUUUGGUGGCCACACAGAGAACCAUCCGGCUCAAUGUCUCCUAUGCCCCAGGGAAUCUCACCAUAGGCGUCUCCUUCAGAAACGACCCAGCCUUUAAGAAUCUGCAGGCCACUUCCCUUUCCAUCCUGGAGGGAGAGGCCCUGAGGCUGCGCUGUGAGGCUGACAGCAACCCCCCUGCCGAGCUGAGCUGGCUCCGGGGGUCCCCAGGCCUGAACGCCACCCCCCUCUCCAGCACCGCGAUCCUGGAGCUGCCUCGCGUGGGGCCUGCACAGGAAGGAGAGGUCACCUGCCAAGCUCGGCACCCGCUGGGCUCCCACAGCGUCUCUCUCAGCCUCUCCGUGGCCUACCCCCCGCAGCUGCUGGGACCCUCCUGCUCCUGGGAGGACCAGGGUCUGCACUGCAGCUGCUCCUCCUGGGCCCAGCCGGCCCCCUCCCUGCGCUGGCGGCUCGGGGCGGGGCUGCUGGAGGGGAACCAUGGCAACGCCUCCCACUUGGUCACCUCCAGCUCAGAGGGGCCCUGGACCAACAGCUCCCUGAGCCUCAAUGAGGGGCUCAAUGAGGGGCUCAGACUCAGCUGCGAGGCCUGGAAUGUGCACGGGGCCCAGAGCGCCUCUGUCCUGCUGCUGCCAAGCAGCCCUCACUCCAGCAGAUGUGUGACCGAGGAGCAGCAGGGGUCCUGGCCCCUCGUCUUCACCUUGAUCAGAGGGGCCCUCAUGGGGGCUGGCUUCGUCCUCACCUACGUCCUCACCUGGCUCUACUACACCAGGUGUGGAGGCCCCCGGAGCAGGAGGCAGAGCUCCUGAUGGAUCCUCCUUCCUCUCAGGAUGGGACUGAGGUGCGGACACCAGGCGAGAGGGACCGUCCUGGGGCGUCAAUGUCACCUUCUCCCUGGAAGCUCUUGACUCACCUGCCUCCAAUGUGCCCCUGGGGUGUCAGUGUGUGGAAGUGACUGAGUGACGCCAAGGGGAGUCAGUGCCAUGGAGAGAAGACUUUCCCUCCUUUCACCUCCUGAGAGGAGGGGCCGCUGUGCCCGGAAGCCCCGGAUUUCCUCAGGAAGCAGAUGCAGGUGCAGGGCCGCCUAGCGAAGGCCUUGGUUGGGGUUUCCAUGGGAAACGCAGGCAGGGCAGGGUGAGCAGUUCAGGACCAGCUGGUGUGUAUCAGUCUGGGGGAUGGGCCUGUGGGCGUGGUCUCCGUGUGUCUGGUCCCAGGUCCUGGGUGAUUUGGGGCAGGUGGGGAGGCUGGGAAUAUGGGUUCAGGUUGGGUUGGUUUGCAUCUGAAGUUCUUUGCUGUCCUGAAAAUGGGCGGGCCCUGGGAGGCCUUGUCUCUCCAUGACUUCCGAUCUGUUUAAUGGCUCAAAACAUCAUAAGAUGCAGAAAUAAACAAUAAUACACACCCA